AUGGUCGAAGACAGAAAACUUCUUAUCGCCAUUGUUGGCACAUCUAUUAUUGCCUACAAUGGAAUUCGAUAUUUACUGAAUUAUUUUCGCUAUCGUUGUUCUCCCCUGACUCCUGUUGGAACUGUUGGAGCUCUGUACGUCUAUCCAGUGAAAUCGUGCAAAGGAAAAAGUGUGUUCUCCGUAUACUGCGAUGAGUUGGGUCCUGUAGCAGGUGAGAUGCGAGAUCGCCAGUUCGUGGUAAUAAACGGUGAAACGGGACGGGUCUAUAAAAACGAGCGAUGCGAUGGUUUGGACUGCGGUGACGAUGCGGCCACAUUUCUUGCUAAUAUAAUUCAAGACCCCGGUAUCAUUCAUGUUUAUGCGGAUACUCUUGUAGGAAAUGAAUUGAGUUUAAUCGACAUGUUGUUGGCUUUCAAUGAUGACGCACCCUUCAUGAUCAAUACGCAAUCAUCCCUCGACGAUCUCAAUGGAAAACUGCACGACAAGGUAACCAUCGAACAAUUUCGACCUGUUAUUGUGGUGAAUAACUGCGAUGCUUUCGACGAGGACAAAUGGUAUAGUGUUCAUAUUGGAGAUGUAGCACUGCAAUGCACGAAGCCAUGCGAACGAUGUGUCAUGACCACAAUUAAUUCUACGACUGGAAUCAAACACCCUUCUAUGGAACCCCUCAAAACGCUCAGGAAGUACCGCCUGGCUCCUGAAGGACCAAUGCGAAAACUAUUCAAAGACUGCCCUAUUUUUGGUGUUGAUGCUGGCGUUAUUACACCAGGUUACAUCCAUGUUGGACAAACUGUUUACGUUCGGUACAAACGUGCCUACCAAAAAGCAAACCUUUUCCACCGAUUGUAA